AUGGCUUCAUCCACAACCCUUAGAUCUGCCGGAUUGCUCGAAUGCUUCCAUAUCGUACGGCACCACCUUUCAUUGGACUCUUGCGUCGUUGUUGCCGCCAAAUACGCGUCGUUGGAUGGCAGAUCACUUUCCCAGGAGACCCUCUUUGCUGCGCUGAAAACGGUUGUCGAGAAGCACCCUUCUCUCUGUCUUAAAGUUCAACAAGAAGACGCCAAACCCUCCUACGCCAAACUCGACAAAGUUGACCUUUCGCUUGUUGUGCAGUUUUCGGACGCGGAAGACGUGGAGCUUGCUAUUCAGCGACAGCUCUCGACACGGUUUGACACGUCCGCAGAGCUUCCGCUUUGGCGCUUGCAGGUCCUGGCAAACAAUACUGUAGUAUUCGCAUACCAUCAUGGCAUUGGCGAUGGCCUCAGUGGUGUUGCAUUUCAUAUGACACUCCUGGAUGCAGUCAAGGUCAUGACUCCCAACGAAUCACUCCAAACAAUAGUGGAAAUUCCUAAAUCCAUCGCGCUUCCACUUCCACUCGAAAAAGUCACCAAUCUUCGGCCAUCUAUUUUCAAAAUCUUGGCUGAAAUACUCGGCUUAUUCCUCCCUGUGUCAUGGACGCGUUUGGGCUCUGCAUGGACGGGAAAUCCUGUUCCUGCAGCCAAGCCAAAUCUUGAACCACGCGUGAAGCUCAUCACGCUCACAAGCAGCGAGAUGAACACAUUUUCUCAAGUCUGUCGCUCCCACAAAGCGACAGUGACCUCAGCACUCUACGUUCUUGCGGCUACCACUAUCUCGCGUCUAAUUCCUCCGUCUUCAGAAAAAUAUACCAAACUGGUAGCUGCCGUCGCCAUCUCUCUCAGGGGCCCCGCCAAUGCCUCUGCGGACCUCAUGUGCGACUACGUAACAGCCCACAAAUCGUAUCCGUUAAUUGAUACUGUGUUUGACUGGUCGAAAGCCACGUCUUACGCAACGGAGUUGCAACGCCAGCGGUUGGUAUCCCGGCAAGAGGUCGGGAUGCUCAGUCUCCUUUCUGGCAACUAUAUCGGCUUUUUCAACAGUCAGCUUGGCCGAAAACGUGGGUCGACAUUCGAGAUCUCCAACGCUGGAAGGAUUGCGUCUAGCGAAGGCCAGUGGCGAAUCGAAGACAUGGUUUUUGCCCAAUGCAACGUCAUUUUGGGCUCCGCGCUGACAAUGAGCGUCGUCGGAGACCCCACGGGAGCGAUGACAAUCGCAUUGACGUGGUCAGAAACUGCGGUGGAUGAUAUGCUGGCUGAAGCUUACGCAACAGAGUUCGUAGAUGGAUUUCGCGCUUUGCUUGUUUAG